AUGGCACCGCCCCCGCUACUUCCGUUGCGGGCCCGGAAGUCCCUCCUCGGCGCCGGAAGUUCCGCUGUCGGGUCUCCUCAGAGUCGUUCCCCGCCCAGACGCGCAGGCCCGAGCUCGUUUCCGGCCUGCGCGGGUGGGCGCCGACUCGGCUACCCGCGCGCCCCCGAGCGCUGUCCCGGUAGCGCGGCUCCCCCGGACGCCGGCGCCGGCGGCUCGGGCCGGGGCCGCGCCAGGAGGGCGCCCGGGCGGGCGCGAGGCACGUGCGGGGCCAUGAACGGGACGGCCAACCCGCUGCUGGACCGCGAGGAGCACUGCCUGCGACUCGGGGAGAGCUUCGAGAAGCGGCCGCGGGCCUCCUUCCACACCAUCCGUUAUGACUUUAAGCCGGCGUCUAUAGACACUUCCUGUGAAGGAGAGCUUCAGGUUGGCAAAGGCGAUGAAGUCACAAUUACACUGCCACACAUCCCUGGAUCCACACCACCGAUGACUGUGUUCAAGGGGAACAAGCGGCCUUACCAGAAGGACUGUGUGCUGAUCAUCAAUCACGACACUGGAGAAUAUGUGCUGGAGAAGCUCAGCAGCAGCAUCCAGGUCAAGAAGACACGAGCUGAGGGGAGUAGUAAAAUCCAAGCCCGGAUGGAGCAGCAGCCCCCGCGACCCCCACAGCAAUCCCAGCCGCCGCCGCCGCCACCACCGAUACCGUUCAGAGCACCAACGAAGCCUCCGGCUGGACCCAAAACCUCUCCCUUGAAGGAUAACCCCUCACCUGAACCUCAGCUGGAUGACAUCAAAAGAGAGCUGAGGGCCGAGGUGGACAUCAUCGAGCAGAUGAGCAGCAGCAGCGGGAGUAGCUCCUCGGACUCUGAGAGCUCCUCGGGGAGCGACGACGACAGCUCCAGCAGCGGCGGCGAGGACAGCGGCCCCGCGUCGCCCCCGCAGCCCUACGGCGGCCGGCCAGCCGUGGCCAACGGGACCGGAGCCCCUCGGCCGCCAGGGAACACGCAGCUCAUGAGCACCCUCAGAAAUGACUUGCAGUUGAGCGAGUCUGGCAGUGACAGUGAUGACUAG